AUGAGACAGGGCAUCUUGAAGCGAAAUCCCGAUUCUGGCGUGGCCACCGCUGUGUCGUCGAUAAUAGAGCACCAGAAGUUCAAACGCAUGCUCAUGUUUGGCCUUCGGUCUCUAUCCGACUUUUGCAGUUCCUCAGUGCAAUUGUACCUGGAAAAUGCAAUGGAUGCACUUGAUAGGGACGUUGUCCCGAGUAUACACCAGGCUGUUUCCAACUUUGGAGACGAUGAGGAACUGGCGCAAUCCGCCAGCAAAAUUCUAUUUGCAAUGUCUCUUGCAGUGGCAAAAGAAUCCAACAACGCCCUCUCCGUCAAAUUGGCUAACGAUGGAGGUGUGGCCACUGUCAUUCUUAUCAUCGACCACGUCUCAGUUGAGUGCGAGACGCUUGAGUUUUGUGUGGAAUUCCUCCUUAACAUGGAUUCUUUCCUCAAAUCUCAUGCCUCUACCUUCAACUUUGUAAAGCAUCUAAUAGGGUUUGCCGAGAAUAAGACGAUUUCACCAGCGCUUUUACUGAAGGUGGUUAGCAUAUUUCACUCCCUUAGUGAGUUUGAUAAUGGUAUCAGCAGUUUGGAAUCCUCUAAUGCGUUGGUACACCUGUUUAAGUAUGCAUUGGACUUGACUGAUUCAUCCAUUGACUUACCCUUAGCAAUUUUCAAGUUGCUCAAGAAAUUGAGUUCAAAAGUGAAGUGUGACUUGUCACUGGAGUAUGCAAUCAAUCUCAUGGAGAAGUUUAGAUCUAACCGCAAUGUUCUAGAAAGGGGCAAUGACGCUGUCAAAUUACUUAUAGGUCCCGAACGGCUGGAACAUUGCCUCACUACUCUGCAAAAGGGAGAAUCCGGAUCAAACGAGUACAAGACGGCAAUUAUAACCCUAAAGUCUCUGUCAUACAUCACUGACGCAGCAUCAGAAAUAGCUAAAGGCGGCGGAGCAGUUUUGCUGCUAGAUCUGGUGAGCAAUGUGUUGAAUUCUAAGGAUCAAGAGGAGAAGGAAGCCGUGAUAUCCGGUUCCUGUGCCAUGUUGACUCGACUUUCGCUGCAUCCUGAUUGCGUAAAUGACCUCUUAGCUAAGGGUAUUAUUGAAACCCUAACAAAUGUGUUAAUUUCCUGCAAAAACAAUAUAAUUUGCAUCGCUGCUGCAGCGGAGGCACUGUCAAAGUCUAUUCAGAUACCCGAUUCCUCUGCUCGUGUCAAGAAAAGCAAGGUAUUUGAGAUAGCCCUACCGCUUUUAUACGAGUUUGCCGACAAGACUGAGGCUAUAUACAUAAUGGAGUUGGUGCAUUCAGGAACUCUAAAUUCGGACUUUUUGGAGAUCAUAGUUUCUUCAAAUGGUUUGGAAAUAGUUGCUGCCUGUUGCCAGUAUCACCUUGAGAAUGUGAACUUCCAUGCCUUGGCCGUAUCGUCACUGAACAACCUAUCGUCGCUUGAAAUAAACCUUAAGGCCAUUGGUGAUUAUGGUGGAUUAGUGGGGAUUUCCACUAGUUUGACUAGAAACUCAUCCGAUGUCAACUACUCAUUUGAGGCUUUGAAGGUAUUGACAGCCUUCUCUUCUAACAAUGAUGCUACAAAAUACAUGUGCGACGGGACGAUUGCAGAGGCGUGCUUGAAAUGCAUGAUUGAACAUCAGGAUAAUCAGAAGAUAAUCGAAUUAGGUACUAAGUGUUUAGAAGUGAUAGCUACGGAGAGAGAUCUACAAAGGAACACAAACAAUUUGAAGGAUAUACUUCUCAAUUUUGCGGAGAUGGGAGACAAGCCGUUUACAAUGUUGGCCUCAAUUUCCGGACUCUCCAAAAUUGAGCGCCUCAAGCAGGUUCUUGUAAACGGAAAGAUAAUAAACAUCAUAAUGGAUUCAGUUGGAUGCCUUAUCGACCAGCCUGUAGACCAAAAUCUCGUUGCCACUAAGAUUGCGUUAAUCAAGUCAGCCCUAGGCACUACGACCAACUUGAACUAUUUGCAGGACGAAUCCGACACCAAUACUAUACAGGUAUUUUCGGACUUAUCUUGCCUAAGCAAUGUGAAAAAAUUAGUAGAAAUUGAGCAAUCUGAGGACAAUUUGCUUUUGAACUUUAUUGAGAACAUGAAAGUCAUGUCUUCAUACUUUAGGAACUUGAGUGAAGAUGGGUUUGCAAAAGCGUUAGAAUCCUUACUCAAGAUUAUGCGCAAGUACCAAGAUAUUCGCCGAGUUCAAAUUGUCUGCAUGGAUGCGAUUUACAAUCUAAUAUCUACCUCUGGACCCUUUUACAGUUCUGUCAUAAUAGGAUCGGGACUUGUCAAUGGAGUUGUUACCUAUCUGCAACGUGUGCCCAUGUAUACGGACGUACAAUUGGCUGGGCUGAAGCUGCUGUUGUUAUGCUCAAAAUCCGAUCGAUCUGAUACCGUGGUCAAGUGUCUAAUUGAUUGUGGGUCCUUGGGUGUGAUCAAGACAGCAAGCCGCACCCACGUCAGAAACAUUCAGCUUAAGCCUAUUUUGGGAUCCCUUAUGAGCAUGUUAUUGCCAACGGACGCCAUUGAACAGGAAUUGGUCGAACUUUUGAAACAGUGCCAGGAUCAUGCUGACAAGAAUGAUUUGUAUAAUUUGCAAUUGACAAUUACAUGCAUUAAUCAGUUGUUGGCAUCGCAGGAUGCCAUAAAAAUAGCGCUCAAAGUAUCCAUCCUCACCCGUUUGAGGCCUUUGGUGAGUUUUGCGGUAUCGCACAAGAAACCCACAAGCGAAGAGGGGGGGACAUACAAGGAAAUGCAUGAUUCAUGCCUUUCAGAAUUGUCUCACAUUUUCUUUAACGCCUGCCAACUUCGCUUGGGCCGCGUGGCAGCCACAAAGCAAGAAACAGUCAAGGAUUUGGUCAAUCUGUACAAAUCAUUGGAGCCUCCGGUAAACACACAUACAUCCGAAACAGCCGCUUCCACGUUGGAGACCCUAUCUAUCCUGCUGAAGCACGAUCGCGAAAAUGCCAACCUAGGCUAUGAGGGUGGGUUUUGUGAGCAGAUGUGCGAGGGCAUUAAGCUGUUUUACGGCUCCACCAUUGUCAUGAAUGCUACCUGUGCAUGUUUGGCAAGUUUUUGCACUACCGAGAAAAGAGUGGAGGCGAUUGUGCAAAGUAAGGGGUUCGCUUCACUGGCGGAAUCACUGAUAUCUUCGAUCGCCUCUGAAGGCAAACGAGAUGUCAUCCUCAAUGGCCUUAUAGCGCUUGUGGAGCUUUUCAAGACGGAGAUCCCGAUUUUAUUAAAAUUUUUCGCAUUGAACACCAAUGCCAUCCCUGCCCUAUUUGGUAUAUUGAGCAACUAUCCUUACGAUAGACAGUUGGUGAGCACAGCUUCUGAGUGUUUAGAAAAGUUGGUGCGUUAUGAGAAUCCGGAUUUGUUAUCCCAAAGCGAUAACUCUACCCGGAUGUUUAUACUGGACAACGCGAUGAAUUGCAACAAGGAUGACGUGGAUACGUUGGGUAAUAUUUUGCAAGUUUUGGUGGAUGUUUUAGGCGCGGAUGCAAACUUGCUGAAGCAGUCUGGUGUCUUUGAGACGAUUUCCAAUUUGAUGAAUUUACACCAGGACAACCAAAGGAUUAAUUUUCUAGCCGGCAAGAUCGUGGGCAUUUUGGGUGCCGACGAGCAGAUAAAGAUCUUCAUGAAAUACAUAAUUGAGCAGGGCUUAGCCCAUGAGAUCGUUCCUCAAAACGUUGAUUCAGCUGCGUCCAAAUUGGCCAUGUUUCUGGCAUCCCCUCUCAAUGACCGCAAAAACGCACUACAAUAUACUGAGGAAUGCCUGAAGGCCAUGAAUAACGUCAUAGCUUAUUUAGCCUCAAACGAGCGUCUAUUAUCAAACCUGUCUGCCGUCUCCCGUCGCCUAUGUGAAUCUGCAUACGAUGACAUGGAAGAUCAAUUUGGCGCUUGGGCCGUUGCAAGCUCUGCUAACCUAAACCAGCUGGCUAACGUAUUCGUCACCACGUAUGGGUUGGAAAAUGCAUCCUUUCUCACCAACUGUUUUUUUGUGUUUGCCUCCUGCCAACACAACACCUAUACCAAGGAGAGUAUGGAGAAUAUCUGCAAUAUGAUUUUGCCUCUCCUAGACCAGAUUCUCAAGAAAUACUCAGGCAAUAUGGAACUAGUCCAUUCGCUAUUGAAGUUCCUGAACGAACUCAAGCUCAAAAAUUUGUCAGAUUUAGGAUGCGAUGCGGACCAACUGAUUGAAUUAGUGAGGAAAUACAAGGACGACGAUGCAGUUGUAAUUCCAAUCAUGGAGAUUUUCAGCACGAUGAUCAGCAGCAAUGAAAGCGGUGCAAAUCUUGAUGCCAUCUUGGCUAAGGUUGCGGGUUUGAUGUCAAUGCCUCUGAGCGAGGGCAGCACACAUAGGCAGAAAGCAUAUCUCGCGUUUAGUGCGGCGAUCGCCUCCAAAGGCGCUGUGGAGAAAUCCCAGAUCCAGAAUUUGUUCAACCUAUAUGAUUCCAUAUCCUCUUCGGAGAACCUGGACCCAAGUACUGCGUUGAUAAUUUCCAAACUCAUAGAGUCUUUGGCUGGGGAUAAGGAGAUGGCCAGCUGCGUUCUGGACAAAUUGGAAAAGCUGGCCGAUGAUCAUGGUAACAAUGUUGAUGUGAUAGUCGGCAUUCUCCAGUCUUUGACAGCUUUCGCCAAACAUAAUCCACUUACAUCUGGUGAGAUUGUCAAUCAUCCUGUGCUAGCGAACCUCAAGGGCGAAAUGCUGGCCAACAAGGAUAUAUCCGCUAAAGUGCUUGAGCUCUUAGAGUGCCUUGCCACUAUCCCCGGCAUAAGUUCCUUGGUGCUGGAGAGGCUUGAGAUGUUAGGGAAGACGCACCCUCCACUGAAGGAGAAUCCGAACUACAAGCGCAUUUUCGACAUACUUACAGCGGAGCGUAAUACUGUAAAGACCUGCAAGAUGAUAUAUGAGGAGUUAGGCAAGUUGGACACUGAUAAGUUGGAUCCCUCUUUCCAGACGGACAACAUCACAGCCCUAUUAAAUUUGAUGACUAAGUACAAUUCCAAUGAGAUGGAAACGGCGGAUCAGGGCGACGGUGCCGAUUUUACCUAUGGAUGUUUGGCUUUUGAGAUGAUUGGGUCUACCGAGUCAAGGUGCCAGGGUAUAUUAGCCACUGAUUUUCCGGCCUUGUUGAUUGACGCGUUGAGCAAGCAGAGGGACUUUAAAUUGUUGAAUACGAUAGUCACAUCAUGUUGCCAUUUAUGUCAACACAGGUCCGUGGCAGCCAAGGUUAUCCAGGCUCCUACUAAGGCAGGGGGCGAGGGCGGGGGCUCACAGAUUAUAGCAUCGUAUUUUGGGAAAUUGGAGGGUUCUAACGUUCCCUCAGAGCUGAAGGAGGAUUACCUCAUAAAUGCACUGCUGUUGAUCGCCCAGACUGCAAUCAACCGAAAGAUAUAUACUAAAACUUCAAUCGUUGUCACAUCUAUAAAAAUUUGGAAUGAUUACGACAAGAAGAUUUAUUCCAAGAUCAGGCUGAUGCGGCAGUUGUUUCGCACUAUUAGGAACGUGGUAAACGAGACUCACCUUGAGGCACUCAUAAAGGAAGACAUAAUCAAGAGGAUUAAGUUGUUGGUGGAUACGUGCAAAGACUUGUACUUGCUUCCCGAUGCGUUCUUUUUGAUAGGUAGUAUGGCCGCAGUCCCUACAAUUAAAUCCCAGAUGGGCGAAAGUGGGUUAUUGGAAUCUUUAGUCAAGGCCCAGAAGGAUUACAUCGAUGGGGACACGCAGUCUAAUGCAUUGUUAACCAACUGUUGUUUGGCCUUGGCAAACAUGUGCAUAGAUUACAAACCGAAUUGCGACAUUUUUCAGAAGUUUGGCGGGCCAGAUUUGAAUGUCAAAAUUAUAAACAAGUUUUCCAAGGUUCCUGAAAUAGUCAAUGGUGCCUCUAUAUUACUUUGUAAUGCUUUAUACAAGAACGAUGGACUCAAGGCGCUGUACGGCCACAACGGCGGCCCGGCAGCCUUGAUUAAAUGCCUGUCCCAGUUUAGUGGAAUUUGUGAGAAACCCACCUUACGAUGCGUUGAGAUAUUGCUAAAGAGCAUCAGCAAUCUUAGCCUCAACGCCAAUAACCUGGAAUACUUUUUGAAAUGCGAGGCUGAAAAAGCGUUUGAGCGUUGGAUGACAGGGCUAAAUAAUAUGGACAAGUCUGGCUUUGAUUCGACAGCUGAGGACCAGCUGUUCCAUGUGGGCUUCCAGACGCUGUCCAACUUGUUGGCUGAGAAUACGAAGGAAAGCAUGGAAAAGUUUAGCAUUUUGAUUAUACCUAGUAUCAACAUUUUAAAGUCUGCGAGACUGAGCGCCAAGAGCAUUAUCCUACUCUUUGAUAUACUUUCGUCGCUCAGCAGGCUACCUGCAAAUUGUGCCAAAUUUGGCCAAGAUGGUAUUCCUCUGAUAGUUUCUACGCUCCGUCGUUUCGACUACGACGUGGAGUUGCUCUCUUUGGGAAUUCACUUACUGAGUUUGCAGUCUUAUACUCCGGAAGGGACCCUUUUACUUCUGAAAUCCAACGUAUUUGACAUUUUAAUUGGAACAUUACAGGUUGACCCUGAUGACUCGGACUGUUUGGGACUGAUAAUAUCGAGUUUGCGUUGCAUCCGUCGCAUCAUUUCGUCUUCGGAAAUAGCCUACUUCUUUUGUGGUGUGGGUGGUGUUGCGCCAUUGGUUGAUGUUUUCAAAAAGGCUGUUAACCACCACAUGCUCAUGGUGGAGGCGGGCAGGCUAUUAUUGGGACUGCUUAGCUUUACGGAUAAGGGAGAUACGAAAGGAGGUGGUAAUAAUAAGGGUAACAACUGCUUUGAGGGGUGGAAGAACAUUGAGUUAUCUGCAUCUGACGUGAACAAUAUUUUACUGUCGGUUAUCACUUGCAGCACUGAGGAGGGGUACAAACGCAUUAUUAGUUUGCAGAAGGUAGCCUUGGGAAUUUGCGGCUAUUUUUCCCAGGUUGGGAUUGGAUACGAGGCGAUGGCCAGUGCGAAUUUAUCUACGCUACUGCAGGAGGUUUUGACCUAUUGCUACGGAAACCCUUGUUUGGUGGAGUCGGUGGCGCAUAUUUUGUACGGGUUGAGGAUCGCCCCUCCAGAUCUAAUAUCAACGAUUGUUCCAAAGUCUGUGAACAAGGUAUACCGGGAGUCUAUUAAAAAGAUGCCAAACAGAAAGCCUGCAGAGAAGGAGAUAUACCGCAUGGCCGAAUCUGCAAUCGAGCGUCUUGACGCCCCAAGCAAGCUUGAGCCGGGUGAGAAGCUUAGCCCUCCAUUCCCUGAUGGGUUUAACUUUGCCCUUUCAGGAUGGGAUGUGGAUCCCUACCCCAAUGGCGUCCAGGACCUCCCCCAGGCGGUCAAGGACGCCCUGCGCAAGGGAGAUAAGUGCACGAUGAUCACUAACGACUUGUCUCGCGUUAGUUCAAAGUGGCGUUCGACACAGGACCUUAACUGUCUCGAGUGGGGACCGGAAGAGUCGAACUAUCCCAACCGGGUGCCCAUUCUGCGUAUUAAAAACAUUGCCAGUGGCAUUAAAAGCCCGAUAUUGGAAGGGGCUUCCAGGAGGGAUAGCAGGAAGGUUACUCAAAGGACCUCUGCUUGCAUUAUUUGUGCACCCACUGUAGAAUUUCCUGAGGGCAUAUCUAUUUCGUUGCUCUUUAAGGGGCAAAAGCAGAGGGAUGAAAUGGUCGAGUUGCUUACCCAGUGGAGAGACGCAGCCUCCUAUAACCAUUGA